UUAAAGUGUGGAAUUGCUGCUGCAGUUGCAAAAUUGAAGGUGAUGAUUUCGAAAUUGAAAGGGUUAGGGUUUCGGCAGAGUAGAUGGUCAUGAAUCAGUAGCAUUGUCAGGCAGCAAGUGUUGUAAUUAGUAUACAUUUUUCUUUCUUAAACUGGCCACAAGUUUUGGGUUUAGGGUUUCAAUUUUCUUUUCUGGGUUUAGGCCAAUGAAGAAGCUCCGAUGGGCAAGCGAUGGUGAUUUUUGGGAAUUGGAUGCCUCCACACCUCGGACCCUUGAAGGAGCGGCUCGUGCUGUCCCUGGGAAUGCUUUACCGUUGGGUUUAUCGAGAGGGACCAGGCUUUCCAGGCCGAAUCAGAUUGAUUUCAUGCAGCGGUUCAUGGCCGCUCCUUUUCUUCCCUCCUACACCAAUCACUUUGGCAUCACUCUUCAGCGAGUUUUGAGCAUUCCUUUCAGUGAGAAUUGGUCUUCCCUUUUGCUGGGCCAGUUCAACCUGCGCAAGUUUUUGUCAUCUUUAAAGGAAAAUGGAGGAGCUGCCAUGUCUAUGCGUGACCUCAAAUCGGUCGGGAGGCUUCUUCUUGACAAGUCCUUGUAUGCACUUGGAUUCUCUUCUGAGGUCUUAUUAACCCCUGAUGACACUUUGUAUAUUAGCUCUGAUUCAUAUUAUGCUCACAACCCUUCCAUUCCCAGAAAGAAAGCAGUUUACCGUCAUAAGUUUUUGCAACAUAAUUUGACGGUAGAUGCAGCUUGGCCAGCUCUCUUUGUGGACAAAGAGACUGGUGAUUACUGGGAUGUACCCUUCUCCAUGGCACUUGAUUUGGCUUCUCUUCCUUCAGAUUCUGGUCCAAGUUAUCAUUUGUGCCUACACCAUAACCAUGGGUCACCAAAGCAAUUUCAAGGUGAUACCAUCGCUCGAGUCCCCGCUUCUCUACUUCCUGGUUUUUCUGCUAAAUGUGCCUUUUCUUACGAGAAGAAUGUUGACAUUUGGAGGAGCCAAGCUCAGAAACUCAAGAUGGUUCAACCUUAUGACAUUUUCCUUUCAGAUCCCCACGUUUCAGCAUCGGGAACCAUUGGUGCUGCUUUGAGUGCGAAUUUUGGGGAAGGUUCAGCCAGAUUAGUUGAAGAAGCUAAAGAUAUUAAGCAGUUAUCAUUGCAUCAUCCAACUCUAAAAUCUUCCUUUCUAGGGGAAUUUGCAUCCAUGUCAUUUACAGCCCAGCAUGGGAACUUCCAACGGCUAUUUUCUGAUCUUACAAGAUUUCACGCUCGCAUGGAUUUCCCCUCUGGUUCUAAAUUCCUGAUAGGUGCCACACAAUUAGCUCAAGAUCUUUUGAAUUCACACCAGCCUAGUUCCGAAGCAAUAAAAACGAUCUUCCCAACUACCACCCUUUCACUUCAGCAGCAGAUUGCCGGACCUUUCAGUUUUAGAGUUGAUUCGGGAGUCUUAAUUGAUUUCAAGGACAAAAGUUGGCGCAUACAGGCAGACCAGCCUGUGUUUGCAAUCGAAUAUGCAUUGCACGUCCUCUUUUCUGCAAAGGCUGUUGCUUGGUACUCCCCAAAGCAUCAAGAAUUUAUGGUGGAGCUUCGUUUUUUCGAGACAUAAACCGACAUACCAUCGGCCUUGUGUAUUUUUUAGAAACUCCAUUUGUGUAUCUUCUACUUCCUUUGUUCAAUUCAAGGAUGUUCCUCAUCUUUGCACUUGUUGUACUUUUGGUGGUUAUUCAAGAAGCAAAGCUAUUCAAGUAGGAAAGGGAAACAUUGAAUUUUAUCUGAAAAUAACCUUUCUUUUCCAUGGUUAUUUUAUAUGAUGUAUUAAACAUUAUUAAAUAAGAUG